AUGUCUAGUCUCGCUGAGUGCGCUAUCACAGUCGAGCGUCUGACUUACCGUCAUGUUCCUAAUGAGCCCCCUUCCUUGGAUAACAUCACUUUUCAUCUUCGGCCUGGGUCCAGAACAAUCUUGGUUGGCGCCAAUGGAGCCGGAAAAUCUACCCUAUUGCAGAUUUUGGCGGGUAAAAGACUGGUAAAUGAUGCUGAGAUACGUAUCAAAGGCCUAGAUGUCUUCAGAGAUUCCCCGGCCGGCGUGACCUUCCUCGGCACGGAGUGGGCAAUGAAUCCAGUAGUCCGGAGUGAUAUCGUGGUAUCCACCUUCUUGGACUCCGUGGGAGGAUAUAGAUACAAGGAAAGGAGAAACAAACUUCUAGACAUUCUAGAUGUGGACUUAGACUGGCAUAUGCAUACAAUUUCCGAUGGAGAACGUCGCCGCGUCCAACUUUGCAUGGGCCUCAUGGCACCAUGGGAUGUUCUUCUCUUAGAUGAAGUGACUGUUGACCUUGAUGUCAUGGUUCGUGAUGAAUUACUUACGUUCCUCCGAAACGACAGUAUCGCCCGUGGAGCUACCAUUAUUUACGCAACGCAUAUUUUUGACGGACUCAAUUCAUUCCCUACUCACGUCGCCCACAUGCGCUUCGGUUCCUUCGCCACAGAACCCACUGCAUGGCCAUCAGGCUUUACCAACGGUCCUCUGAGUCAGACCCCCACAUUAUACAACACUGCUCUGCAGUGGCUUAGAGAGGACCGUGAAUACCGCCGAGGACUUGAGAAACAGGGGCGGAAAGGUCGUGGUGCGAGAAAUGAGACCGUCCCUUCAGACUCUGAGACGUUCUACAAGAAAUAUGAUUAUAGUCAUUAA